CUUAUCAUCAUAUCUCGAUUUUAAUACACAUCAGAUACAACAACAAUUACUAUACUCAAUACUCCCUCUUUCUCUCUCUCACCAUAUCUGAUCUCUUUUUUUUGUCUAGUUUCUUCUUUUUCUCUUCGUCUUUUUGAUCGGAUUUGACACUCCGACAACUUCUGUUAUGAUGGGUGUGACAAACAGGUGUUCACAUACUUCCCAUAUCACCGAGAUCAUCAUCACCAGCUUCUUCCGCCAUAAGUUUUAAACAAACCCAUCUUCCAAAUAAUAAUUCGGAUUGAAAAAUCUAACCUUUUAUCGAUCUAAAUCCAAGAAAUCAGUAUCUUGUUAUAUGUAAUUCACAAAAGUAUUUAUGGCUGGUUGACUAUAAUACCCGACUUCUGGUGGGUACUAUUUUAGUGGUGCCAUGGCAGCUCGAAGCUUUCUCUACGGCGGCGAUUCCGGUGGUGGUGGUGGCUCAGGUUUCAAUUCUGUUCUGGUUACAAACAAAAGGCCGCCUUUUUCUUCUUCUAUUCCUCUUGAUUCCCACUUCGUAUCUGGAUCCACUCAUUCUUUUGCAGGUGCUAGAUCAAUGGUUAGCUUUGAUCAGGAAGGAGGAAACGGAUCAGGAAGAAACUUUUUUCAAACAUUCGAUCAGGAAGACAAUGGUGAUGAUGAAUACGACGAUUACUUUCAGCACCCAGAAAAGAAAAGACGUCUGAAAGCUGAUCAAGUUCAGUUCUUGGAGAAAAGUUUCGAGACAGAAAACAAACUCGAACCCGAUAGAAAGAUUCAGCUAGCGAAAGAGCUCGGUUUGCAACCUCGGCAGAUCGCAAUCUGGUUCCAGAACCGCCGUGCACGGUGGAAGACCAAACGGCUUGAGAAAGACUACGACGUUCUUCAAGAAAGCUACAACGAACUCAAAGCAAACUACGAAAAUCUCCUUCAAGAAAAAGAAAAACUAAAAUCCGAGGUUCACGAUCUAAAUGACAAGUUACUUUUGCAAGAAAUGGAGAAGGGAACUUCCGAUUCAUCAAGCACCAAAAGCCCAUGUGAGCCACUGCAACAAGAACAGGCUGCGGAUUGUUUGAACGAUGAAGAUGUUGGUGUAAGAAGCGAUGCGACUGAGUCGAGCAGUCUACAAUAUGUUGAUCUAUUAGAGAGGGGUGACUCGUCGUAUUUGUUUGAACAAGAUCAGAGUGAUGAAUCUUUAGAUGAAGAAGAUAAGUUGGAGAAGAUGUUUGUAACUACAGUUAGUGGUUACAUGUUACCGAAGAUCGAAAAUGGUGAUUACCCAGAACUAGAUGUUGUCAAUUCUUCAUAUCUUGAGUUCCCUAGUCAUGGUGAGGAUGAAGAUGAAGACCAACCCUUUGGUUUUUGGUCUUACUGAGUAACUCAGUACUUUAUGCUAAGUUUUUUUUUGUUUUUAUUAUUGUUAUAUAUGUACUUCAAGAAAUUUCUCAAGAAUGAUGUAGAAAGGAAUAAGAUUCAAAUUGUCACA